AUGUCCUCUUCAUCAGCUCCUGGAACAAAUUUCACAGUUACUGAGGGCAACCUGACCGGACCUGGAGUUAAUCUGGGCAUGCUUUCUGUAACUGCUACUAUUACCAGUCUGGUUGUUAUUUUACUCGGCAUCAUCACCUGCUCCAUUAAUACGCUAAUGAUUCACAUAUUCAACAAACAUCAAAUCUUCAGGGUCAACCCUCGCUACAUCCUUUUCAUCCACUUGGUGCUAAACGAAACACUCCAGUUGACAGUCAGCGCGUCCCUCUACCUCUUUGGCAAUUCCUUCUUCACCAUCUAUGUCUCACUGUGCGUACUCAUCCUCCUGCCGGCUAUUCUCACCACCAUGAACACUCCAUUGAAUCUGGCCUGCAUGGCAGCAGAAUGUUACAUCUCCGUCUGCAUCCCCCUCCGCCAUGGAAACAUAUGCACAGUUAAGAAAACCUACAUUGUCAUUGGCAUUAUGUGGGUAAUAAGCUUGCUCACUAUUCUGCCUGAUAUAUUUAUUCUUUUGAUUACCGAAGAGCUGGAAUUUUUGAAAACGAGAGUUUUCUGUGAGAGGGACACCGUGUUCAGAAACAGCUACAGUAAAAAUAAGAAAGAUGCGUCCUAUCUAUUUUUUCUGGUGGUGGUUUGUCUCACUCUAUUCUAUACUUAUUUCAGAAUUCUGUUUGUGGCAAAAGCUGCAAAUUCUGAUGCUAAAAAAGCAAGAAACACUAUUCUGCUUCAUGGUUUUCAGAUGUUGAUGUGCAUGAUGCUGUAUAUGCAAAAUUUACUAAAGCAGCUCCUCACAUACUUGUUUCCUAAACAUAGCAUUUCCAUACGGCAUGCUAUUUUUAUAUUAAUCCAGAUCAUUCCUCGCUGUCUAAGUCCCGUUGUUUAUGGGAUACGAGACAAAACUUUCAGAAUGUACUUUAAGAAGUUUUUUAUAUGUAUGCAAAUGUCCUCCUCUUCAUCUGCCAGCACAAAUUUCACAGUUACUGAGGGUAACCUGACCGGAUCUGGAGUUUAUCUGGGCAUGCUUUCUGUAACUGCUAUUAUAGGCAAUGUGGUUGUUUUUUCACUUAGCAUUGUCACCUGCUUCAUUAAUGCUUCAAUGGUUCACAUAUUCAACAAACAGCAAAUCUUCAGGGUCAACCCUCGCUACAUCCUUUUCAUCCACUUGGUGCUAAACGAAACACUCCAGUUGACACUCAGCGUGUCCCUCUACCUCUUUGGCAAUUCCUUCUUCACCAUCUAUGUCUCACUGUGCGUACUCAUCCUCCUGCCGGCUAUUCUCACCACCAGAAACACUCCAUUGAAUCUGGCCUGCAUGGCAGCAGAAUGUUACAUCUCCGUCUGCAUCCCCCUCCGCCAUGGAAACAUAUGCACAGUUAAGAAAACCUACAUUGUCAUUGGCAUUAUGUGGGUAAUAAGCUUGCUCACUAUUUUGCCUGAUAUAUUUAUUCUUUUGAUUACUGAAGAGCUGGAAUUUUUGAAAACGAGAGUUUUCUGUGAGAGGGACACCGUGUUCAGAAGCAGCUACAGUAAAAGUAAGAGAGAUGCGUCCCACAUAUUUUUUCUGGUGGUGGUUUGUCUCACUCUAUUCUAUACUUAUUUCAGAAUUCUGUUUGUGGCAAAAGCUGCAAAUUCUGAUGCUAAAAAAGCAAGAAACACUAUUCUGCUUCAUGGUUUUCAGAUGUUGAUGUGCAUGACACUGUAUAUGCAAUCUUUACUAAAGCAGCUCCUCAUAUACUUGUUUCCUAAACAUAGCAUUUCCAUACAGCAUGCUAUUUUUAUAUUUAUCCAGAUCAUUCCUCGCUGUCUAAGUCCCGUUGUUUAUGGGAUACGAGACAAAACUUUCAGAAUGUACUUUAAGAAGUAUUUUAUAUGUAUGCAAAUGUCCUCCUCUUCAUCUGCCAGCACAAAUUUCACAGUUACUGAGGGUAACCUGACCGGAUCUGGAGUUUAUCUGGGCAUGCUUUCUGUAACUGCUAUUAUAGGCAAUGUGGUUGUUUUUUCACUUAGCAUUGUCACCUGCUUCAUUAAUGCUUCAAUGGUUCACAUAUUCAACAAACAGCAAAUCUUCAGGGUCAACCCUCGCUACAUCCUUUUCAUCCACUUGGUGCUAAACGAAAUACUCCAGAUGACAGUCAGCGUGUCCCUCUACCUCUUUGGCAAUUCCUUCUUCACCAUCUAUGUCUCACUGUGCGUACUCAUCCUCCUGCCGGCUAUUCUCACCACCAUGAACACUCCAUUGAAUCUGGCCUGCAUGGCAGCAGAAUGUUACAUCUCCGUCUGCAUCCCCCUCCGCCAUGGAAACAUAUGCACAGUUAAGAAAACCUACAUCGUCAUUGGCAUUAUGUGGAUAAUAAGCUUGCUCACUAUUCUGCCUGAUAUAUUUAUUCUUUUGAUUACUGAAGAGCUGGAAUUUUUGAAAACGAGAGUUUUCUGUGAGAGGGACAGAGUGUUCAGAAGCAGCUACAGUAAAAAUAAGAAAGAUGCGUCUCAUCUAUUUUUUCUGGUGGUGGUUUGUCUCACUCUAUUCUAUACUUAUUUCAGAAUUUUGUUUGUGGCAAAAGCAGCAAGUUCACAUGCUAAAAAAGCAAGAAACACUAUUCUGCUUCAUGGUUUUCAGAUGUUGAUGUGCAUGACGCUCUAUAUGCAAAAUUUACUAAAGCAGCUCCUUAUAUACUUGUUUCCUGGGCAGGCCUUUUACACACAACAGGCUAUUUUUGUGUUAAUCCAGAUCAUUCCUCGUUGUCUAAGUCCUGUUGUUUAUGGGUUACGAGAUAAGACUUUCAGAAUGUACUAUAAAAAGUACUUCAUGUGUUUCCCAGUCAAAGCAAUAAGGGUACAAACCUAA